GUAACAUCAGAAAUGUUGGUGACUUUAGUCAAUGAAACAAAGAUUAUAUUUUUGAGAGCCUGUAAUCCUUCAUUUUCUACAUAUAUCACAUUGGCAAAAAUGAUGGUCUCUGGAUUUGUUGAAACUAGUAAAACAAUUUUCUUUCUUAGAUCAAAAAUAUGUGCUUAUUAUGCAAAUUAUCAUACUCAAUUAAAUACUGAAUCCAGAUUUAUUAAGAUUACUAUAGAUAGUAUACCAAAUAUUGAUGACUUGGGAUCAUAUGUAGAUGAUACAGUUAUUUUUCAAU